AUGGAUAAUUUAAACAGAAAUGAUAUAAUUAGAAUAAAUGUUGGUGGAAAGAUAUAUAUGACAACACUUAAGUUAAUUUGUCAAUACAAAAAUUCACAUUUAUAUGAAAUUGUUUUAGGUGAUUUCAAUAAAAGGGAAAUAUUUAUAGAUAGAAAUGGAAAUAGAUUUGAAUAUAUUUUAGACUUUUUAAGAGAUGGAGUGCUUAUAUGUGAAAAUGAUAUUAACUUGUUAACAAGAAUAUUAAUCGAAGCAAUAUAUUUUAAGUUGUUUUCUUUAAUAAAAAUUAUAAAAAAAAAAAUUUAUUUGUUAUAUUCAAAUAUGGAUAGCAAUAUAAAUAAAAAAAUUUUUAGAAGUAUUAUUAAUUCAAUAGAAAAAAAAGGAAAAAUGAAAACAAGUAAAUUGAGAAAGCUAACAGAGGAUAGUUCUGAAUAUAGUAAAUUAAAAUUUUUUAACACUAAAAAAAAAAAAAAACAUCGCAUAAAUUUUCAGAAUAGUGUAAGCUUUAUAAAUGGAUUAGAUAAAGAAAAUAAUGAUUUAAACGAAUGUGCAGAUGGAAAAGUAAAUGAAGAAAAUAUUGAUACGAAAAAUUCAUCAGAAAUAUUUAAAAAUAGAGAUGAAAUAAUGUUUGAUAAUUAUGUGAAUAAUGAAAGUAAUAAAAAUAAUAUGAAUAUUAAAGAAAAUGAAAAAAUAUAUAGUAAUAGCACAUUAAGUUUGCAUAAUAUAAAUACAAGUGAUGAUUAUAAUAUAACAAAUAAUUAUGUAAAUAAAAGUGAAAAUAUAUAUAAUAAAAAUUCUAUUUAUAAAAAUUGCUUAAAAGAGAAUAUUAAUAAAGACAAUUUUAUAUCUUUAGAAAAUAUGAAAUUAAAAGAUAUAGAUUCUAAGUAUGUUUCCUUUUCAGAAAAUAAUAAAAUUUUUUUAUACAAUAAUAAUGAUUCGGAAACAUUUAAUGGUGGUGAACAAGUAAAUGAAAAUUUUGGGAAAUUUCAUUUUGAUAUUAUUAACAAAAGCUAUGCAAAUAAUAAUAAUAAUAAUAACAAUAAUAAUUAUAAAUAUAAUAACAUGAAUAGACCACAAAAUCACAUUUUAAUAUAUUCAGAAAUAGAUGAUGUAGAAGAAACAUCACAUUUUCCAAUUGUUUCGAAUAUAAAUUUAGGAGAACAAAUAUUUAGUACAACUGUUGAUUUUUAA